AUGUCGGGGAUCAUUCUUUUUCUUUCAGUUUCCUGUUUCUCAACACUAACAAAUGGUAAUUACACAAGUCAUGUUAUCAGUGAAGCUGUAGUGCAUUGAUACAGGGCUUGCACACAAGUUCUGACUGUUGUAAUGUUUGAAUUUAGAGGAAAAUUAUGAGAAUAUCAAAAAGUUUCAUAAUUUCGUAAUGUAUUGCGAUGAAUUGUUAUCUGUAAGAUCAAUACCGAUACCCGGGGGAUGGCCGCUUCACAAGGUUUAACUGUACUCUGUAUGUUUAAAUUGCAGGUCAACAGCAAUCAGAUCUACCAAAAAUUUCUAAUUUUCUAACAAAGGAUUUAGUAGCUCCUGAAGAUGUCAAGUUUGAAAGAGCAAAUGCCUUGAAAUUGCCGUGUGGUGCUAGCGGAAAUAACUUACAAUGGACUUGGAAGCACAACGACACAGCAAUUUCUACCUCAGAUACUAAGUUCACCGUUGAUGCCAAUGGAACCUUAUAUGGAAGUUACCUAGAAAGUGCGCAUAAUGGGCACUACCAAUGUUUUGUAAGAGACACUGUUACGGGCAUUGCGACGUUCAGCAGAAAAAUAAAAGUCGCUGUUACAGGUAAGGGCACUUUCAAAAUCUGAAAACAUUUCCAAGUCGUCUGUUUUUCUUACUUGCAAACAGCUCCUGUUAAACUUUUUCCGAGGCGAACUCACUUUCUUAAUCCGAAAUAAUCUCGCAAACAUUUUCAAAACCGCGCCAUUUUGGACAAAACUUAGAGAACACUCAGGUUUCCCGUGACAUCAACCGUGCGUAUGUACACUAACAGAUCUUGGGCAACGACCAAUCACAGCGCGCGUAGCAUUUAUCGACCAUAGCUCUCGACCAAUCAGCGAGCGAGAAAUCGUUGUACCACUGACAAAAAAUUGGCUAGGUUGACUUUGUUCAAUUGCCGAACCCAUUUAAAAUCAAUCAAACGAGUGAAAUUCAUUAGGUUUCAUUACCGAAUGUUUAAUUUGUUGAGCUGGUUAACAGUGUUCGAUCUUAACGGUAGUCUUUAAGCCAGUGGUGAACUUACGCAUAAGCACGACAGGGAAAAAUGACGGCAAACCUUGUGUGACAAGCGUGACAGUAAGUUUACUUUAUCGCAUGAAUAAUGCAACAUUGUGAAUUCGAAGUGAUGACGAUAAUCAAAAUGGUUCCAAGAAUUACCAACUAAGGAGGUAGGAUUUCACUAAGGCUCAGCAGAUCCGAUCACGGAUCAAACGUGGCUUACAUUUUGUAAGCACAGCCCCUUACGUAAACAACAGUAAAAGGAAGGCAAAAUACUGACAAAGCAAGAAAGCAACAAUCAAAACAACAACAACAAAAGCAAAACAAAAUAAAGACAAAGUAAUACGGUUAGCCCCGCGUGCUUUGCAACAUUUUUCAUCAUGCUUGCCUGAAGCAAUUUUAAGUAAAAUAAGAUGGUCUCAAUAAGGUUAACCGUCAGCCGUCAAAACGCAUAAAACGUAAACGUCAACCGUCAAAAUUGGAAAAAAAUUAACCGUCAACCGCAAAGCUACCAGUCCGGGCAAAGCUACCACCCCAUUAAGACCCUCAAACUAAUGGUGGAUGGUGGAGAUGCUUGGUGAGGGGGCGGGGAGGGGAGUUAAGGAGCUUUACUAAGCACAGCCCUGACAAAUUUAUAAUAUUCUUGUUUCCUUUAUACAGUUGUAGGGAAAUUUAACGAUCUGGAAACUAAACAGGUGGUGCAGAGUGUUGACCUUGGGGAGGAAUUUAGUUAUGCGUGUCCUCAGCACUCUCCCAGUUAUGGCGUCAGCUAUUCCUGGAUGGGGAAAAGCACUAAUCAAAAAAUACAGUUCAAGGGGAAUGAACGACGAGCCAUCACACAGACAGGUCAUCUAUUCAUAAUGUUUGUGACUGAGGACGAUCUCAAAGAGUUGGAGGGAUAUCAAAAUCAAGGAAUCCAUUGUGAGAUUUCUGCAGCUAAAAGAUUUGAAACUUCUAGUCUUUUAAAGUUAACAAAGAAAAAUCAAGGUGAAUUCUUUGUUUUCCCUUAACAGUGAAGUAAGUCUACAGGACUUGUAGCUAGUAAUGUGUGUCGCCUUUCUUUAGAGCCUGUACUAACUCUCCGUCUGAUUUCGGUGGCUUCGGUAUGGUGUCCAUACUGCUUUCAGUCUCUAGGCCUCAUUACAGUAGUGUCUCUCUUAACGGACACCUCUAUAAAACGGACACUCACAGUAAGUCUCUGGCUUUCUAUUCUUCCUUUAUUUGUCUCUGAAUAAGACGGACACCUCUCUGAGAAGGACACUAACAGUGCUAGUGCCGGUCCCUUUGCGUUUAGGGUCGCGUGGUUCGAGCGAGUUUUCCCGACCGUUCGUCUCGCUUAUCUCACCGGAAUGCAUGAACAGGGAGAAGGCCUAGAAAGACACCGUAAAGAGACAAGGCAAAGAUGUGGUCAAAACGUAAUAACGGGCACAAAAUGUAAUUCAAUCCCAGUGGAGGAUCCAGGGGAGGGCCCCCCUAUUUUUAGACAAAACUGAAGCCCGAAGGGCCGAAAAAAAUUUCUUUGACCUCCCCCCUUCUUAUCUUAGGGUCUAGAUGACCGCCCCCCCUCCCCCGCCACCUAUCUGGAGGGCGGAAUCCCCCACUGAAUCCCGUCGGGUUUUCGUGCCGACACUAAAAGCUAUCCACAGAAAGCACGCUGAAAUCACAGUUCUUAUGAAUAGUGUGAAUAAAGCCUAAGCAAGGCCUGGUUAGAUCAAUUGGGAGAGCGCCGGUCUGCUGAACGGGAAGUCGAGGGUUCAAACCCCAGCCGGACCAACACUCAGGGUCUUUAAAUAACUGGGAAGAAAGUGCUGCCUUUGUAAUGACAUCUGCAAAUGUUUAGAUUUUCUAGUCUUCUCGGAUAAGGACAAAAAACCGUAGUCCCGUCUCACUGCACUUUCACUGAUUUGUUCUUGUGGGACGUAAAAGAACCCUCAUCACUAUUCGAAAAGAGUAGGGGUCUUCGACCCCGGUGGUGUGGCCAACCUUUACGGAUUGUGGUAUUGGGUAGGGAUGGCACUUUGCAUGGGACCUGAGUCUCGUUCGUGCACAUUCCCUCUGGGCAGGCCUGUGUCCAGACAAGCUGGUAAAUGAAAUGUUUUACACAGUAUUGUGUAUUUUGUCUUAGAUCAAACAGAUCCAAAGACACUAAGAGAGCCUUCUUGGAAGUCGGAAUUUAUGUCUGCUACUCAAGAAGAGGCUUUGGAGGGAAAAAAUAAAACUUUCUAUUGUCUUGCAGCCGGAAGGUAAGUUGGAACAUGAGUUCAAUGGACAAAUAACGAUAACGAUUAUAAUAAUGAUAAGAUGACGAUGAUGACAAUGACGAUGGCGAUAAUAGUAAUAAUAAUAAUAAUAAUAAUAAUAAUAAUAAUAAUAAUAAUUAGUAAUAACCAAAGGUUCGGGAGUGCGGGCGACUAAAAUGGAAGGUCAAAACGCUUUCAAUCCAAACGCUGUGCUUUGCGUAAGUUACAACUGAGUGUAUUAAUUGUGAUAGCUAGCUGCUAGCUCGCUUAAAGAAAUUGUUUAGCCCGGCGUUCAGCCAUUGAGAUUUAUUGUUUGUUAAAUAAUUUUCUUGAACCGUUCAGUAGUUCAUGGCAUCCGUUUUGAACGGCUUGCCUUCCCAUUUUUAAUCCUCUUUAGAACUGUGCGCUCGGCUUUUUGAACGACUAGCGGUAAAGAACGUUUUCAUCGCUCUAUGUAAUGGAAUGUUGUUACCUUGGUAGGAAAAAAAUAACGAUAAAAAUACACUUCUUGGUGAGCACUUGCUAUUUAUUGUUUUACUGACAACUUCUGGCUGCUAUUUUUUUACUUCCAGACCUGAACCAAAAAUAACCUGGAAAAUUAACAGAGAUGGAAAAUGGGAAACCCUUGUGAAUGGAAAGGACAAUUUUGAGAUCGCCGAUGCUUUCCAUGGAAGAUUGCUUAACAUUAUAUCUGUAAAACACAAAAUACAUCAAACCAAAUACCGCUGUGAAGCAGAAAAUUCUAAGAAUGUUGGAAAUCCGAAAGUCUAUGAUAUACAACUUAGAGUGAAAGGUAAAUGGCCUUAGGGCGCUUCCAUUCACCCCUUUAAAUGAUCGAAUUAUCGCAAGACGUCCUGGAUUCUUGAUUCCAGGUACUGGAUUCGGAAUUCUUUAUCAGAGAAACUUGGUUUCUGGAUUCCAAUCUUUAGUGGGAUUCAGGUUUCUUUGAGCUGAAUUCAGGGUUCCAAAGCACAGGAUUCCGGAUUCCGCAAGCAAACUUUCCAAGAUUCCGGAUUCCACAAGCAAAAAUUUCCCUUAUUCCAGAAUCCCGCUUCCCUCACACUGGGCGAUACUUACGUGCAUGGAUUAGGUAUAGACGGAGUUGAAGAGGUAAUUGUAAAUAGAGGCAUUUCCGUCUAAGAGGACACUUUAAGUCUUGGAAGAAGGGUUUUUAUUAAAUCAUUUUUGUCACAAUUAUUAACCGAUCAUAUUGAUUUUGUUCUCAGUUGCUCCAAAGUGGACAGCAGAGCCUCCUCCAGAACUUUUAAUUGAUGUUACUGGCAGUGGCAGUUUAACGUGUGAUGUAUUUGCAGAUCCUUCGCCAUCUUUUAUGUGGUACAAAAAUGGGACGAAACUCACAACAUCAAAGUAAUGUUUCUUUCUUUUUCUCUCACUAUACACUUCGCGCUUGGUAAACUUAGGGGGGGGGGGGACAUUCGAUCUUUUUAACGCUUAUGUUUCGGAAUAAACAUUUUCGCGUUUCUACUCUGGAUUGAACAAAAACAAAAAAUAAAAACAAUACAAAACAAAAGCGCGACACUUAAUUUUUUUCACGAGAUUAUCAGAAUACAUAGAAUAAAAUGGUGAAAUUUAAAGCUACAUGAAACCUUCUACAAAUUUAAGAGUAGUUGUAAACCGUGCACUGGAAGGUUAUGACUGUAGGAAAAAAGAUAUUUUUCUUCAUAAAAUUUUGCAAUAAAUACUCUCUGCUUUUGCAUGAACACAACACAUUGUAGCGAAAUACAAGUUUAAAGAAACUGAUCGUUAAAAGAAAAAGGAAAAUACAGAAUUAUUUAACAGCAGAUGGUCGAGUUAAACUCUGUUUAGCUAACUGUUGCCUGGUUUCACUGAAAUCCUCAUGGGAGGAAUGCAUAUUCCCAAGAGCAUUGUAUUUAAAAACAUUAACAUGUGCAUAAAUUUGGGGGGGGGGGGGGGGGAUGAGGACCGCGGGUUGCAGACAGGUUGUAUUAUGGGAAUUCGAAAAUAGUCAGUUGCGGGUUGAGUUAUGUCCAGUCACUAAUCAAGUUGCAUUCUAUAGUGCACAUGUGAGACCGAAUGGCAACAAGCUGGAUUUUCAGAAUGUGAGGUAUCAACAAGAAAGCGGAGUUUAUCAGUGUGUGGCUGAGAAUCCACAUGGAAUGAUCGUGUCCUAUACAGUUGUAAAAGUUCGAGGUAAGGACUUGGAAAAUUACAUUUAUACAAUUGAACCUUCAUUCCCCUAUUACAAAAGUGGACUUGAAAUGAAUCAAUUUUUGAUAAAAGAGCUUGCCAUUUUCACUGUGAAAAUUUUAUAAAUAAUUCAAUGUUGUUUUGGUCAACACCAUGCAUACAAUCCUAGUGUUACCUAAGACAACAUUAGGAAGAGGGGAGCAGAAAGACUGCCCUCUACUUCGCAACACUGUAUAUUUUAGACAGGAGUACUGGAAGGUAGACGUUUUUUAAUCUUUCUUAAUCAGUUUUGUCCGAAGUUGCAUUGACUAUGGCAAGAGAGUGAUUGUCACCUCAUAUCAGCGAGCAUGACAACAGCAAAAACACACUUUUGUUAUUAAAUCUACUCUGAGUUACUAGAAGUUUUGUCUCUUAGUGCAAUCGAAUUUGGACACACAUUAAAUACGAUCAUUUUACAUACGUUGAUAUUAGCCAAUCAGUGACCCACUUGCCCUUCACAGUACGCGCGAACUGAAAAUAGAUCUCAAAUACUUAUCCUGAGGCACAGAGAUUCGCUCUGACUCAACUCAUUCUCUCUAGCUUCGCUGAUAUACAAAACAAACUAGGAUACGUCACCGGACCAGCUUUUAUAACACGUCAAUUCUUCUUACGUGCGCGUUUGGGGAUAAUACCUUACACAAGAAACUUUUCUCUUUGCAGCAACGGCACCAUCUUUUGAGACCGGAUUUGGUCCAUUCUACUUGUUUAAAGGCACUGAGGGAAGGCUGACGUGUAAUCCGAAAGCAGCUCCACGGCCAAGUGAAUAUAAAUGGUAUAAAGGAACCACUCUACUGACGUCAUCACCACCUUACAGAAUAGAGCAUGGGGAAUUAAGCACAUUGAUAAUUGACAAAGUUGACGAGAAUCGAGACAAGGGACUUUACACAUGUUAUGCAAAGAAUUCGUUGGGUCACGCCGAAGCAACAGCAAGUGCUACAGUUUUUAGUGAGAAUCACAUUUGUCCCUUAUAUUAGCUAAAGCAAGACUUUAGUCCUAGUAGCCAGCCAAAUUCGAAUAUGACUUUCAAAUUUCCAGUCAUUUGUGUCUUAAAAACUCUCAUUCUUUCCUAUGGAAAAAAAUUAAUAGAAGUAAUGUCUGGGUUCCAAUGUAUUACUGCAAUAUUAUACUUCAGUUAUAAUUAUAACCAUUUUGGUUUUUCAGACAGGACAAUAAUUACUGUGCGUCCACAAGAUAAAAAGGUUGAUGAAGGAACUCGUGUUGAUCUGAGAUGUGAGGCAAAGGCUGACUCGCAUCUUGAGUUGAGGUACAAAUGGAAAAGAGAUGAUGCCGUCGUAACUUACAACAACAAAAUUCAGUGGUUUGAAGGAGCUAAGGUUCUAACAAUUGCCAGCAUUACAGUUUAUGAAGCUGGUAAUUAUACUUGUGUGGCCUAUACUCCUGAUCCAAAAAGAUCUGAAGACCAAGCAUCUGCAACUAUUGAUAUCAAAGGUACUAACACAGUCUGUCUAGGGGUAUACGUGUUCUCUCAGAUUCUCUAGAAUGAACGAAAAUUGGUCUCGUUAUGAAUCUUUUUGGUGGCGUUAACUGCAGGGAGACUGGGUACCAGCUUUCGGUACAACAGUUUCUGAGAUAGAGAAGAGAAGUGUGACGUCUCUAAAUUCAAGUUUGUGAAAUUAUGGGAUUAGUUAACAUAUUCAGAAAGAACAAGAUAAAAAAAUGUCCCUUUACCAAAAAUCGAUCUCGUAGUAGAAAUUUGUGUAGAGAUAUUAGCACCGGUUUGCUCUGAUGACUCCAUACAAAUCCUUCUAAAAAUGGCUUGGAUCAUAAAGUUAACGAUUCAGGCCUAUUUCCGGAGGAUUUAGAUGGAAUCAUCGGAGCAAUAACGUUGCUUAUAUCUCCUCACUAAUUUGCAGCGACGUGCUGAUGUUUGGCACCUGAACAUUUUUCAUCUUUUUUUUUUACUAAAUAUGUCAACCAAUCCAAAUUUAGUUUUUGUGACGCCAUCACUUUUCUCCUCUUUUGUUUGCAUCGAAGAGCGUAAGCUAUGAUUAUUCGCUGGAAUUAUCUUUUUUUGUUAUUUUGUUUGUUCUUUCCCUUUAUAUUAUUGGCACUCUGGGUUAGUCCCCGUGACUAUCUUCCCCAGUGAAGUUUUAGUACAUCAUGUUGAUUCGUAAGUUUGGCGGAGAAAAAGAGGCUUUCAUUACACUAACCAUUUUACUGUUUAAAUCUGAUUUUUGUAGGUGUUCCUAAUCCGCCAACAAAUCUUACCAUAACAAAUUGCUUUAAACGCACUACAACGCUUUCCUGGGUUACUGGAGCACCUAACAAUGCUUCCAUCACACAGUUUAUUAUUGAGCAGGAAUCUACGUAUGAGCCCAACGUGUUUUAUAACAUUCAAACCGUCACAAACCCUAAUGCGACGUCUUUUACCUUUAAUCUGACCGGAUGGGCGACCCUUCGUUUCCGUAUGAGAGCUGUCAACCGCUUUGGACCCAGCCGUGGAAGUGCAGCCACCACUGAAGUUUGUCAAACGGAUGUUGGACGUGAGUGUAUUUUUGGCUUGUCAGUUUCACUUUACAAACUCUGAGACGAUCAAUGCUGUUUUUCUUGGGCAAAGGAGUUGUCAUAUGCUACAUUGAUUCCGAUAUUGUUGAAUGAAAAAAUUGCUAUAAGUAUCAGGAGGCUAAGCGUUGCUUAACUGUAAUAUAUCGAACAUGAGACGCAGUUUUUUAUCACCAGAUGAAUCACCGAGAAGAGAGUUGAAAAUACGACGCGAAGCGGAGUAUUUUUUGACGAACUUCGAUGUGUUUUAUCUGGUGAUGAAACACUGUGUCGAAUUAUUUAUAUUACUUCCCAAACAAAAUGAUUUUAGAAGGAGAAACUAAGGAUGCAAAAAUGAGCAGUUUUUCCUCUGAUUUCCAAACACUCACCAAACUUUCAUGGUAUUUUCUUUAUUAUUAAUGAGUUUGAGAAGGUGCGGUAAAAGUAGGUAUUUCAAGAUAAUGCGACAGAUGUCAAUUGUAAAGUGAAGUCGCGUUCAAACUCAGUUUUUCAAAUGUGGGUGAUAACCCAGUCUUCGUAAUCGGGUCCUGUUCUUAACCAAGGUCGCAAAGAGAAGGAAAAAUUUAUCGUCGCAUGUUGCGACCUCAGUUAAACGUUGAGCUAUUUCUUGAUACUGAUUUCCAUAGGAAGCUAUAUAACACAUUAUUGGAACAGAAAUGACUUUAAAUGUAUGUACUUUCAACAGCUCCAGAUAAAUAUCCAGACAAUUUCCGUGGAAAUCCAAAGAGAGCCGAGGAGCUUGAUAUUGUUUGGACCGUAAGUGCACUUUAGCCCUAUGCAAACGGACGCAACAUUAUUGUUGGCCAUCUCCCAACAUUGUUGGAUGUUACAUGUUACGUCCGUUUGCACACCCUGUUGCAUUUUGUUGGGAAUUGUGGCGGAAAGUUUGAGACCGUCAGGUGAUUUAGGUGAUUUAGUCGAGCGCUACUACUUUUACUUACCGUUCGAAACAAAAUUAAAAAAAAAAAUGAAACUAACAGUAACUCACAAAGGAAAAGCCAUUUCUUCGGUAGUUUAUGGUCCAAGACAUCUAUCUUGUGAAAUUUCGUCUGUGGUUUGUUUCAUAACGUUUUGACAGGGAGUGUUUUAGUUUUGCAAAAAAAAAAGCAUUCCCACAGGGAGGUUUAUAGGCGACGGGUAUUAAUAUUGAAUUUAACUGUCUUCUUAUUUUUAAUUCUUCGUAGGCAAUGCCUAAAGUGGAUUGGAAUGCUCCCGGCCUUUACUACUUGCUCAAGUACAGAGAGGUGCCGGAUGGUCCAUUUGGAGACCCGGAGAGAAUCACUGAUCCCACUGUGGACGUUUUUGCGAUACCAAAUCCCGGUUAUUAUAAGCUGUGGGAAUUUCAGAUUCAAGCUUGGAACAAGGAAGGUAUGGGGCCUUGGAGUCCUAAAGUACAAUCACGUUCGGGUCAAGACCCGCCCGAAGGAAAGCCUGGAGAUGUACAACCUGGAGCUGCGACGGCACGCACUGUUGUGUUGUCAUGGCAACCUGUUAAUGUUACUCGAGGAAGUUUGGAUGGUUAUAAGGUGAGAGCAGCCUUGUUCCCAUUCCCUCUAUUUUUCUCUUUACCCGGAGAUAGAUGGAGAGAGGAGAGAGAGCUUUAGUGUGAUAUGGUCUUUUAAUCAGCUACAAUUGGAUUUAAGGGGUUGUUACGGCAUCCUGUGAUUUUUUUAGUAUAAACUGGCUUAGAAGUUGGCUUUAUUGACGUUCCUAUUUCUUGAUUGGUAAGAUUUUGUUAUCGAUCGUUUAGCCCUGAUGCACUAACAUCGUUCAAGUCAGAUAAAGACAUCGAUCGAGUCACAUCUAAGAAUUGACGCCAAAAAUAUUUGUUUACAGUGGCGCAUUUGCAUUUGCAGAUUUACUACUGGGGUAAGAGUCGCCUGAGUGCAAGACGUCGUCGAGAAAUACCUGGUUAUGCGUCGUUUGUCAAUGUCCGAGGAGGAAGCACUGAUAGGCACAAUGUAACAGAACUUACGCCUUACACUGACUACAUCUUCGCAAUAACGGCUUACAACAGUGGCGGCGAAGGACCUGCCAGUAACGAAGCCUUUGCAGCGACUGAAGAAGACGGUAAGUAUUUUUAAGGAGUUCACAGUUACCUCUAUCUUAACAAAGAUUUCUAAAUCUAAAUCUAAAUCUAAAUAUCGUUAUGUCGGCAAAAUCGUUUGGGACAUCACGCCAACUCUAAGAUAAUAAUAAAUAAAACUAUACUAGAAUAUACAAAACUAUUCAAAACUAUUAAAAAACUAUUAAAAACUAUUAAAAAACUACUGAUAAAAAGAAAACUAAAUUAGUUUGCUUUUAAAAAUACAGAGGGAUUGGCUGGAAACAGUUUCUUCUGGAAGUUUGUUCCAUUCAGUUAUUGUCCUGGGAAAAAAAGAAAAUCUAAAAAUAUCUUUAUGUCCUUUCGGUACAAUAAAUUUAAAAUCAUGGCUUCCCCGGGUUCUCCUUUCUUUGCUUGUUAUCAAAUAAUCCCCCCAGUCCCCAUCUAGGAGGCCGUGGCACAUCUUGUAUAUAGUGGAGAGCCUUGCGUGUCUUCUCAUUGUUUCAAGUGUGUCCCACUGUAGGUCUUGCAGCAUUUCCGUCACGCUCGUUGUUCGAUCGUAAUUUCCAGUGACAAAGCGGGCUGCUUUCCGCUGUAACCUUUCUAGAGCGGCUUUAUCUUUCUGGUAAUGUGGGUCCCAUGCGCUACAGGCAUAUUUCCCAAUGAUCCCAAGAGCAAUGACGACGUGGCGUGGGUUUUAACCAUGGUGGGUCUACCAAAGCCGGAUUGGUCAGUCGAGGGUGAGAGGUCAAACUCAGACCGCGUCUACACUUAUCCGGAUAUUUUUGAGUCCACAAAUUUUUCUUUGCGGAUUCAUUUCCACGUCGACACGCUGUAGCGUAUUCAAAUCGAGUUUGGCCGUCCGCACGUAUCCGGAUUCACUCUCAGUUCGUCAGCUAAUUUGUAAAGCGGUAUUCAGCUCCCACGAACCAAUGAACUGUUGCGCUAGUUUCGCUGACAAAAUUGUUCCACUUGAGUUCGCUCGACUCGUUUAACUUGAAUGUUCAGUUAUGGCGUCCAAUUCGUCGGUCCGACCGCCGCGCCAAAGAAAGAAGCCUUAGAAUGUCGAGCCGUCGUUUGGCAUAAUUGAAGUGUGCAGCAAUCAUAGCUAGGUUUAACUGCACACACGUUAUAAGACUUAAAACUGAAAUCCAAGAAGCAAAAGAGCGAUAACAUUACGCACGGCACCAUCUUAAAUAUUCACGGUAAAGGGCUCGAGAUCUUGUUACGUCACCGGAAAAAAAAAUCCAGAUUUAGCAUCUACACUAUUUUGGAUUCAUAGCGUAUUCAAAAAUUUCCACUUUGGGGAGCGGAUUCAAAAAGUUGCGGAUUCGCAUGCCUAAUUAACCGGAUACCUGUUGACGGAAGCCGUAUCAGCAAAGAAAACGUUGCGAAUAAAAAAAAUAUCCGGAUCGGCUUGGCCUUUGGACAACGCAGGGCAUUCUCUAGACUGGGCUUGGCCUCGUCACUGCCAAGUACGUAAAAAGCAAAUAAAUUUCACCUAGAAUGAUGUCCCUCAUGUUCCCCUAUUGGGAAGAGGGAAAUCAUGAUGGUCAUAAAAAAGGACGUUCAGUAGUACACCUCGGUGAUAGAUCCUUCCAAGAUGUACGACUGUACGUCCUUUUUCUUGGCCAUCAAAAGCUCAGCCUGGAAUGCCCAGGGGCUGUUUUUAGUCCUCUCACCCUCCACCAAUACGGCUUUGUUAGACCUACCAAAGGCAAAACUUGGCAUCACCCUUUAACUGACAAAUUCAGUUGGGAAGGUGGAAGCCGCUACAAAUACUACCAACAAAGCAUUUUAUUUCUUGGCAUCGAUCUUGAUGGUAAGAAGUCAAAAUUGACCCAAACUGUUUGUGGAUAUAUUUUCCUUGAAGCUACCAUGCAUUCGGUACCAAAAAAACCCAAAUUCCAAUAUUUGAGGAUUUUUUAAAAAAUAAAAACUUGACAAAAAUAUGUUUCAAAAUGGUUUCCUAUAAAGUUUAUCAUCGCAUGAAUUGAUCCAGUGUCACAAAAGGUUUGUUUUGAGACCAAGAAAGCAGAAUAAACAGCGUUAGAACUAUGAAGAAAAAGGCUAAAACCAUUGACCGUUCGAUACAAAAUCUCCAUAUGUUUCUUUGCAAAAUGACAACUUUGCUUCGAGUUACCUUUCAAGCUUGUAAAUCUAGCACCGUUCCUCGACAGCACUACAUACUUAAAAGUUCUAGCUACUGUUUGAACAUUCAGCCUCAUAGUUCGUUGCAGAACUCAUCGAAAAAAACGGCCACUCCCGAGAAAAAUCCCCCAAAAUAUAACCAAAGCUGGAAGACCUCCGUAUUCCGUCGCCAUUACUGAGUUCUCGUGCCGCUAAAGUCCAUAAAAUAUCGUAAAUUUGAUCAAAAUUGAUCAAAUAAACAGCAAAUUGUCGCCCGUGUUGUUCCCUUUUUGGGUGGAGUCACCACAGGCCAACCAAGACUAAUAGAAAUGCCUGCUGACCAUUUUUCUGCAGACCCCUUCCCGAUCCUAUUCGUCCGAUUAAGCAAUCACAACCACGGCAAUGCAACAAGGCUCGGGCAAAAGUACGCCCAUUUAUGAGUUAAAAGGGUGAUUAAAAUCAAUUUUCUUCCAAAAAUAUCACGACAUAAUCAAGAGAAAAGGCUAAAUGAUCACCAAAGGAAACAUUCUUUGACAUUUUAUAUAAUUCUCUCCACUAAUUUUUAAGGAAAUGUACUGAGGUUAGUGUGGAGAAUUUUUACGUGGGUUUAAAUGGUUAAGUUGCCAUGAACUUCAUCUCAUUUUAGUUCCUGGACCACCAUCAGCAGGCAACGUCUAUGCCUUUGCAAAAUACAUCCUGGUCACAUGGAAAGCCCCUGUGGAACCUAACGGCGUGAUUACAAAAUACCGAGUGGGCUCGGCGCAGUACGAAGGUUCGCAGCCGAGCGACGAUCUUCAGGUAUCCUGGCAGGAACUAGGGCCAGGCGUUUUUAGAAAGCUUCUUGAGAAAACAACGCCGGAGAGAAAUUAUGUUGUAGCAAUACAAGCAGAGACAAGCAAAGGUUGGGGAGAACAACUCAGAAAGACAACACGAACUGUAAAAUAUGCUCGUAAGUAUAACUUAAAUAAGUUAGUUAAUAUAGCUUUAAAUUCAACUCUCGCCUUGCGGACUUUUCAUCGUUUCUAACCCGCUUAUACAGCCGCCUCUGUUCGCUCCUCUCCGCUAGGAGCGAGAAUAAAUGGCUGUACUUGCAGACUACGCUUCUACGGACACCUUGAUAAUACGGAAAGGAGCUAAUAAGAUCUCCGGCGAAACCUGAAUUGCAAAAUUCAGCAUGGCUUACAUUCUACCAUUACCAUUAAUACUCAAUGGCCAGUAACGUACGCAUGCGCACAGUCAUAUCCACCAGGUAGUGGCAGUUAUGUAAACUAAUGAUGGUUUUUAUCUUUCUGUCAGCUCCCGCCAAACCAGAAAGACCCACUGUUGAGGGAACCGGCGUGGAUGAAGUGAAAGUUACUUACAACUUUGGCCUUGGUGGAGGCUAUACCCACGAGUUCUUGGUCAUGUACCGAAAGAAAUGUAAGCAUACUUGAAAAUGUUUUAAUAAUUCACAAAAACUACGACAACAACGGCAGGAGAAAUUAAAAGUAAGCCGGAUAGAAAGAGUGGAUGAUUGAAAAUUUAAAAAGACUACUGUUUAUGAAACAGAAACGUAAUAUCAAGUAAUAUCAAGUUCCUAUUUUAGGAAAAGCUGAAGAGUAUGUUUAGAAUGCGAAAAAUGAUAUCAGUGUGGUACCUCUACUGAUUUGCACAUACCAAUGUAAAAAAGGCCUUGCCCCUCUCUUAAUAAUCCUUUUAAGGUAAAGCUUGAACAUCUUCCAGGGUCCCAUUAUUUUGGAUGGCCCUGCCUUUUGAAGCCUCAGUCCUCCCCCAAACUCUUCCUGUUCGUAUGGUGUUCCCCUCAGAGAACCGAACCAAAUUUUGGAUUGAUCGAGAGGGGAUGAGGCAACUUUCAGAGGUUAGCGUAUGCUGAAGAAAAAUGGCACGAGGAAGACUCGGACGAGAAAAGGUAACGGACACAAGUAAUGAAACUUCCCCUCGGCUCACUAAUUUAAAUAUAUUUUUUUAUUUAUUUCGUAGUGCAAGGAGAAGCCUUCCAGAACACCAGCUGGAUUAAUCAUUUUGAGAAGCAGAACAUCAAGAUUGGAGGCUUAAAUAACGAGCUUUACGAGUUUAAAACUGUUGGCAGAAAUGAUUAUCCAGACGACGAUGACGAUAAUUCAAGAUCAGAGAGCCCCGCCAGUGACGUCACGGACGGACGGCCUCUCCCACCUAUAACCAGUAAGUAUUCGGGGGAGGAAAUUUAGCCGAUUCCCUCUUUGAGUGUUACUUCACUGAAGUGAUCCCACUUAAUAACUUUUGAUGCCUUUCGCGAUCCCCCCCUCCCCCUGCCUUCAUUUUCCAAGCAAAUUUGAGUUGACACCGCUCUGAAUCCUUCCAAAGCUUUCAACGAUCCCCCCUUUAGGGUUCUCAAUUACGACUGAUCCCCCCUUUUGUUCUCCCACAAAUCAAGUGAUUCCCCCUAAAAUCCUCCCCCCGCCCCAGGCGAUAAAUAAUGACCGGUCCCUAAUUUGCAUUUUAAGCUUUCAUAUCGAUUUCAAAUUUCGCACUGACCCAGGGUUAUCUUAACCCACCUUUGAACAACCCGGUCCUAUAUAAUACUUUUACCAAUGCCUUUCAGGUAGCCAGCCUUUAACAAAUCCGAUACACAAGAGUGCUUGGUUCAUCACCUUGCUGAUUAUUAUCGCUGUUGUGCUGGUUGUGCUGUUGAUUUUUGUACACUACAGUCGGCAUCAAGGUGCUAAAUAUCUUGGUAAGUUCAAAUGAGAUCUUGAUCUUCUAAAAGACAUUCAGUGUAAAUAGUUUCCCGAUGUAAAUGAAUACAAGGCAGUCUUGGAUUCUGGAUUCCACGCUGUGGAUUCCGGAUUCCAGGUACUGGAUUCCAGUCUUUGUCAGUGGAACUUUGAUUCUGGAUUCCAUACGUUACUGGGAUUCCAGAUUCCAUAAGCAAAGAUAUCCCAGAUUGCGGAUUCCACAGGCAAAAAUUUUCCGGAUUCCGGAAUCCCUAACUUAAGAUGAAGAAUGGUUCUGUCUAUCAUCGCAUUCUGACGUGUCCCUAUUACAACAACGGUAUUGUGCAUCCUUGCAAAUCAUUAGAGAAUUUUAACAUGACGUCAUGUUCGCCAUAUUGGUGUACGAAAACAACCAAACGGUAAUCAUGUUGGUGCUCCAAGCCAAUCCUUUGGGUAUUGAACAUUUUUCAUGUGAAAACGUUCUUUUGUUGCAAUAAAUUUGCAUAGAUGCUGACCACAGUGAAAAGAGGGUCCUCAAUAGGUUUCUUGGGAUCCGGGAUUUUUUUUAUUUGAAGCACGGGAUCCGGGAUUUCCCUUAUUUGAAGCUCGGGAUCCGGGAUUUCUCUUAUUUGAAGCUCGGGAUUCGGUAUUUCAAAACGAAAUCAUGGCUAGAUUCGGGGUUGAAAGUAUGCGCAGAAGGUGGGAUGCCAAAAAUAACCCUCGGGAUCACGGAAUUGCACAAAGUUUUAGGUUGGGAUUACGGGAUUGAAGAACCCUUUUAGGGACCCUUUGAAAAUGUUCUAAAGAUAGGAUCUACGCUAGAACCGGUGCCCCGCCAGAAACCAAAAAUCUCCCUUAAGGUGUGGCCAAAAGAAUAAUGCGAAAACCCAGCAAUCCUCAUCUUACGCAGUGGCAGAUACAUAGCAUGGUAAUUUGCUUGUCUGUAGCGAGUGGUCUUUAAUCAAAGGCUUUUAUAGACUGCCAGCAGUCUCCUACUUUUCUUGAGUAACGUUAAAUCGCGCGCAUGCGCGAGGGGCCAGCUUCGAUGCAUAAUUUUACUUUAGUUUCGGCCAACCGCGAACGGCUCUGAGGAAAGCCGAUGACGACGCGCGAUGUAAGGCUUUAAUCAUGUUGACUGAUUUUCCGCUUAACAGUUGGCAAACGAGAGAAGGAGAGACCUCUAAUUGAACUCGAACCACCGUACGAUGAGGAAGAAGGCGCUUCUAUAAGCGAUGAACGGUAAGAAACCAUCAACCAUUAAUACGACUUUAUAGCACGUGGAAAUUGUCAUUUCUUGCAGAUGUCAGGGCUGUCAUUAAUGUUAAAUUGUUAUCCAAAGAAAAGAUUGCAAUCCUGGAUUCAAAAGAGGGCAAAAGAGUCAGAAGUUUUAUCACUGUCACCUUAGUGCUUUCCCCCCUAAAAUAAAGCUUAUUGGCCGUUUUCGCACGUGCUAGGGACGGAUUGUGGAUAAUCCAUCUGUCUGUCAAAAUUGACAAAUAAACAGAUGGAUUAACUAAGACAGAUAGUUCAUCCAAAAUUAAAACCAUUACAUUUUCAAAUUAAGACGCAUAUUAUGUAAGUCGCAAAUUACCCAACGGAAAAUCCGUCUCUAGUGUGAAUACGGCCAUUGUGUUGAGUUGUAAUCAGUGGUCGAAAUGUAAGGUGACAAUCUACGUGCUCUGCCUGCUUUGUGGCAGCCUGGAGUUUGGGGUACCCUCGGAUACCGUGAGGGGUAUGUCACGUCCAAGUGAUGUAGCGCGUUCCGUUUAAACUGCAGAUACCCAAAACCCUAUAUCAAAUUGAAGCUUAUCCAACUGGCUAUCCUAAUAAACCAACAAUGUGUUAAAAACUUGAAUGUUGAUUUUAGUUAAAGCAAUUUAGACACUGUAUAUUAAAGUUGAGAUCUAAUUACCCUAUAUGGUACGCUGCCAUGAAUUACUGGCCAAUAUUCCAUCUAGCGGGGUAAUAACUGUUAACAGGGAAGCCUCGAUGAGUCGAGUCCCUUCCGUGGGGGCUGAAGUGAAUGAAACCCCUGAGAAUCAGUUUUUGGUGUUGUAAAGAUCUAACAUAGAUUUUGCUCGCUUUUAGCCGGGUGGAAAACCCUCCACCAUACCAGAGCCAGAGUUCACUGCGGAGGAUCCCAGAAAACGACCGCGACAGUUUGGAUGAUUACGGCGAGGGACAUCAGUUUGACGAAGAUGGCUCCUUCAUUGAAGAGUACGUCGAAGGAAAGAAGAAUUCCCCGGAUGGAAAGGACUCAGCUUUGGCGACAUUUGUUUGA